AUGAAUGGCCCGAUUUUGAAAAUCUUGCUUUUCGCGGUGCUUUGUCAAUGCGUAGUGUCCUUCUUAAAGGGUGGGGAAGGUCCAUCCCUUGCGAGUGGAGAGAAUCACCAGCCUGGCGACUUGAAUAUAGGCCUGUCGUACGAUGACAAAAAGCAAAAAGCGUUUAAGUUACAGUUAAAAGGGGAGACGGGGGUUGUGGACGCACCAUUAAUUAUUCUCCAACCAACGGAGGAUGUCCCGCCUGGCGAAUUGUACAAGAAAUAUUUGGAUGAAGUGGAUGACCCAUCAAACAUUUCUGUGAUAGACGUUUUACGCAACCUAGUGGAUUCCUUCGAACCGAUAGAGCAAAAGAGAUUCUUAGAUAGGUUUUUAGAUGAAGUGGACGCGCAUGUAAAAUUUUAUGAAAGUUUUUCCGCCGAGUGA